AAGCACCUUGGAGAACUCCCAUCUGGAAGAGCGCGUCGGUAGAUGAGCGCGGAGGAAGUGGGACUGUGCGUAGGCUACGUCAUGUCCACGGAAAACGACUGACUAUCGAAAGAGCUCUCCUCUUUUGUAAAUACUGAAUGACUCGCCGAGCUGACUAUGGAUGCUUGUUCCUUGAUUGACUUUAAUAGUAUCGGGGCUACAGUGUAUCUGUCUAACUAAGAAUUCCUUGACGCGUUCUCCAAAUUCCAUUCGUGAACGAUAGCCCAUUCUUAUACAUUGGCCUGGUAAGACGAUAACAAAAAUGUGUCUUUGUCGUUGAGCAUAACAGACAAAGUAAAACCAGUGUAUUUAGUUUCUGCCGUUCAGGAUCAAAACAUUAUGCCAUUCCAUGUUAGUUGCUGAUGGUCGUAUAUUUUAGUUUAUGACAUGUUAAAUGCUGAUGAUGUUUCACUGUAGAUUGUAUCUCGUUUGAUUGGCCCAGGCAGAUGCCAGUCAAGCCUCUUUGUGCCUGCAUGGAUCCGGUUGUAGGCUUAACACAGCAGCAUGGGCAGCGCGCAUUCCAACAGGCCUAAAUAUAUCUGGUGGCGAAGUGGGACCAACCCAAAAUGCCCGCAAUUCCGAGUUCUAGGUCCAGGACGCGGAAUCGGAACAACAUCAUGAGCAGACCCGAGUUCAUACCCCUGAACCAGCCCCUUUGGAGUGGCAACUCGGAGAGCCGGGGAAACUCAAGGCGACCUGGUCAACCCAAACACCAAGCAAGCCUGCCGUGCGACCCGCAGGAACCUACUGACAGUGCCAGCAAGGACCGGAAAGAGCCCACGAAACUGCCCGAGGAGGACUGUAUCCAGCUGAACCCUUCCUUCAAGGGGAUAGCGAUGAGCUCCCUCCUCGCCAUUGACAUUUGUCUGUCCAAGCGCCUGGGGGUCUGCGCCUACACGUCGUCGUCUUGGGGCACGGUUCGUUCCAUGGUCACCCUACUUGCGUUCACGGGACACGGCAUCACGUGGAUCAUUGGCACUAUUGUGUGUCUGACAAGGAGUAAUACGCUGGCGGGACAAGAGGUCUUGGUCAAUCUAUUACUUGCCCUCCUGCUUGAUGUCAUGACAGUGGCCGGAGUCCAGAAGCUGAUCAAACGCAAAGGACCCUGGGAGAUGAGUCCGGGAUUCCUGGACUACUGUGUCAUGGAUGUGUACUCCUUCCCAGCGGCCCACGCCAGCCGCGCCGCAAUGGUGUCCAAGUUCCUGCUUUCCCACCUGGUCCUGGCCGUUCCUCUUCGCAUACUGCUGGUGCUCUGGGCCUUCCUGGUGGGCAUGUCCCGGGUGCUGUUGGGUAGACACCAUCUGACCGACAUGGCGUGCGGCUUCGCCCUGGGCCUUCUGCACUUCAGCCUGGUGGAGACGGUGUGGCUGUCGUCCAGCGCCUGUCAAACCCUCAUCUCUAUAGGGACCCUCAGCUGGAGCUCCUUCUACUGAACACAGGGCCAGGAGUUCUUCCUGAUGUGAUCUGGAACAGAGUUUUCCCUGAUCAAGGCCUACUGUCAAAGGCUGCAUUAGACCUACGUAUAGGCUUUAUCUUGAUUUCCUUUCAAUGAUGUUUGUAUUUUUCUGCUGGAAACUAUCAUUUGUUUAAACUAUACAUUUUUGAGAAACAGGUGGACUGGACUCCAAAUGUAAAUAGAUUUUUGCUGUCAUUGAAUUGUGCUGUAUGUGUUAAACAAAAACAUGAUUGUUGUCUAGAAGAUCAGGGAUUUUGCUACAGGGUUAAAUAUUUAUCCUAUCCAAAUAAGUUUCAAAAGAUAGUUUUGAUUAGUUUAAGGCAAGCGGUUUCAUCAUAGAUCUCUGUAUGUUGUAUAUUCCACAUUGUUUGCCUUCUCUGCUGCAAUCUAAGCAUUAACCAAGCAGAUAGACACAGUUAGUUUAUGGUGCUGAUUUCAUGCCUCACUGAGUAACUGAACAACGUCUGUGUGAAGUCAUCUACAGUACAUCAGGCUUGGGGUUACCAUUGAUACUGUGACAUGUGUGUGUAUAUGGGUGAUUGUGUGUGUGCUUAUGUGUGUUUUGUAUGCCUCCAUGCAAGAUUUCUUAUGUGUGUACCUUUGUGAGUCAAAUGUAAUGUCUUUUGGAGGGUAAAAGUCACUGAGUAAACCUUUGCUGGGUAAAGUCCUGAAUGGCAUGUACAAAAAAUGAAUUAUACCCGAUAUCAAAGGCUUUUUUACCUACUGUAUGCCUUCAUGUAUUUCAUUUAUUGGUCUUCUGCUAUCUCUUUUGGUUGUUUAUUUUUGUUGUGAUAUUAUGGACUUGGGAACCAAACUAUUUAAGCUGUAGCCUUUUUGCUUUAGCAAAAAAAUAUUUAAUUGGGUUGAACCUGUAUAUAUGUAUGUAUGUAUGUGAUAUUGAAUUAGUGCAAGUCAGCAUGUUUUGUUUUGUACAAGGAUGACAAGAAAGUCAUCUUUUCAUGCAGUGUUUGAAUUUAUCCAGUCUAAUUUGCUAAAUUAAGAAGAUGGCUGGAUAGUCUUUAUAAGAUGUGGAUGUCUUUCCUGCGUUGUUUAUGCAUGCCCAUAAAUAUACCAUUUGCCAUGA